AUGAGUCGACCAGAGCAGAAGCGACUACGCCAAGAAUAUCAGAAGCUGUUCCCGAAAAUCGGAGUGUUUGGAAAGUUGAAAAAGGCCUUCACAAAAACCGAAAAUGGUCACCACGUGGAGGCAAGGGAGGAGUCGAAGACCGAGCAGCAUGUUAUUCCCAUCGAAAAGAUAACCCUGACAAAAGAGCUAGGAAAAGGGGAAUUCGGAGCCGUCUGGCAGGCGUCUUGGAAUAACGGACCGGCCAGUCAGGACACCAUGCAGGUGGCCGUAAAGGUGAUCGCCACCGGCAAGCUGGUCAACUGCACCACGAGUUUUCUCUCUGAAGCCGCUAUUAUGACAAGAAUGCGCCACGACCACGUCGUCCAGCUGUAUGGUGUCGUACUGGACACCCGGCAAGUGAUGCUCGUCUCGGAAUUAGCCACCUGUGGCUCCCUUCUUGAAUGCCUUCACAAACCGGCACUUCGAGACCUCUUUCCGGUUGAUGUGCUAUGCGAAUAUGCGUUACAAAUCGCCGGCGGCAUGGCUUACCUCGAAUCACAGCGGUUGAUCCAUAGGGAUCUGGCUGCCAGGAAUGUGUUGGUUUUUGGACCCAAGAAGAUAAAAAUCUCCGACUUUGGCCUCUCCCGAUCCCUUGGAGUCGGCGAGGAUUACUACCGCAGUGAAUUUUCGCCAACGCUGAAGCUUCCGAUUGCAUGGUGCGCCCCCGAAUGCAUCAACUUCCUCAAGUUCACCUCGGCAUCUGAUGUGUGGUCGUAUGCUGUCACGUUGUGGGAGAUGUUCAGCUAUGGGGAGAUGCCGUGGCAAGAUUUUAAUGGGGCUCAGAUCCUGGAAGCCGUGGAUCGUCGCUGUGAACACCUUGAUAGGCCCCAGUUUUGCCCUGACGAUAUGUGGGAUUUGUUGAAGGAUUGCUGGCAGCAUAAUCCGGAUAAACGGCCCACUUUUAAGGAUAUAGUCGACAACUUCCACGACCGUGUCCCACAAACCGUUCGAACCGUCGAAGAAGCCGCCCGGAAACCCGAGCCAUUCCUGCAGUUCAAGCGCGACGAGCUGAUUACGGUGCUUUGCCGCAGCCCCGAAGCCUACCCGGAUGGCUACUACUGGCUUGGAUCGAUGAAGAACGGGAAAGUCGGGUAUUUCCGGCCGACAGAUACGGUCGCUCACCUUGGUGCCGAGAUCCCAACAAUCGCGAAAAUCGAACCCAAGCUCACGAAUGGAAAAUCGAAGGAGGCGAAGGAGACAAAGGACAAGAAAAAGGAGUGGAAAUCCUGCGACCGAGAGACGAAAAAGUUGCUGAUCUCGGAGCCGCAGGGCGAGCUGCGGCAUAUGUGUCAUGUUGGGCAGGAUGGGACGGCCAUUGGACUGCUUCAGAUCGACAAAAAAGACCUGGCCCGUGGGACCCCCGUGCAGCCAAAUUCCAUCUCCCCAGCCGCCACCUUGAGAUCGUCUACACCUUCUACCACAAACCCGAGCAGUUCGGAUCGAUCUGCAGAAGGGUCGAUUGGGAGUCCUGCCACUUUGUCGAAGAGUAGUGUCACUUUCCGGGAUCGUCACUCCGUAAUCUCGCCUCCUGGAUCUCGUGCUCCUUCUCAACAGGCCGCUUUGAUCAUGAACACCAGGCAAAGCGCAGAACCGAGUGCACCUCCACUAUCGAACCCCAACUCGCUAACCCGAGACCAGGUGAACGCGCUGAACGUGAUGCUCGACGAGUCGUUGUACGUGCUGAAUGGGUCCAUUGACUCGCUCCAAAACACGAUGAACCGCGGCGCGAAUUCCUGGACAUUCGGCAACAGCGAGGAGUUUCUGCAGCCCAGAAGGUCACCAAAUAGGCAGCCACCCGUCUGUGCAGUAUACGCAAGAACCCCCGAAAAUGCCGCAGUCUCACAACCAUCCACCUCGGAACGAGAGCUGAUCGACGAAGUGGCGCAUUUGGAUCGAGAUUUGGCCGAUUAUUCGUUGUCGACGAUGGGAGGGGACUAUUAUUCGGAUACUCGACCGCUUAUUAAAGAAUCUUCCCACUCCGGCCACAGUACCCUCGAGACAAAGAGGAGUAGCGGAAGUGAGGUGGGAGGACAUAGCUGCUCCUCAUCCCCACCGACCGUAAGAUUGAUGAGUGAUGAGGAGGUGGCAAGAUGGCAUGAGAAGGAGAAUCGGCUGCAUAGUAAGGUUGAUAAGAAGCUUGAUGCGGCGGCGAGACGGCCAAGCCCAACGCAGAACGAGCAGGGAAAAAAUGGUGACGAACCAAGGAAUUACCUGGAGUGGACAUCGCAAGCCCAGGAAGCCUACAAAUUUCUUGUCGAAUGCGGUGAUAACCUGCAAAAAGACGUCGUUAAAGCAGCCAGCAUCUCGCCGCGUAGCCCCUCCUCAGCCCCGACCAGUACGAGAUGCUCCUCUGACGACAAGCCCGUUGCGAAAAUUAAUGCGACCCGGAUAUCGGCUGAUGCGGCUUCGGCUCAUGUCAGGGCUACGAUACCGAGCAACAAGAUGGGCUCGGAUUUCGUGGCUCGUCCUGCUCUACCUCCAAAAUCGUACGUCAACACGGAGAGCAUGAAGCCCCCAGAGCUUCCGCCCAAGAAGACGAGCCGUGUAGCCCCGGACGCUGGUUACGAUAAUAUCAAUGGAAUGGCGAAUUCCAAGACCUGCUCUAACUCCAAACUACCUCCUCCAGUUCCGCCAAAGCCCAAAACACGGACGAUCCAACCGACGAUGGUGCCUGCUGAGAAAACACCGAAUUUUCCGUUAAUUCCGCGAGGCGCCAUAUUUACCGAGGAGGUGUUGAAGUUC